AUGUGUAAUAGUUUUAGACAUCAUCAGAAUGGCUUUAAAUUUAGCAAUGAACAGGAAGAAACUAUUGAAGAGAUGGCACAUCAAUUUUUACAGAACGAGCUUAGUAUUAGAGAUAUAAAAGUUGAAGCUUAUGCCUUAGCCUUAUUGGCAUUAAAUGCUAAUGCUGAAUCAGUCAAAGAAGAAUUAGAUAGCUAUAAUACAUCUACUUUAUCUAACUUACAAGCUCUCUCAGAUAUUAUGAUAAUACUUUGUAUUCGCUCUGCUGAACUUAUAUCUUUACGCAUUACAAAUGCUGGAGUGAUAGGCUAUGCAAAGAACUGA